AAAGAACACCUCAUUACAUUACAUCUCAGGUGCACUUGAAAAAUGUAAAUUUCCAUAUGUCCAUAAACAACAAUCAUUCUAUCACAUUCCCACUACAUUCCAAAACAAAAACCUACUUUCACAUCUUAUAAAUAAUUUCUUCUAAAUAAUCUUCAAUAUUAUUGUUUUUGAAGCUUAUCAACUAUGAUUAACCAAAAUCCCAAUUCAAAUCCUCCAAGAUUAAAAUUUUUAGAUUUUUCUCUAAGAAUCUCAAUUAUUCCUCUUAGUAUUGCUUCUUUAUGGCUUUCUCUCACAAACAAUGAACAUAAUCCUGAUUAUGGAACUAUUCAUUUCUUUAACUUCACAGCACUCAAGUAUAUGAUAUCUAUUGCGGCCAUUGCUGCUGGGUAUGCUUUUGUUGCUGCAAUUUCAAUAUGGAUUCCUUUUUUAGUCAAUAAAACUUUGGUUUUCUUUGUCUUUGAUCAGGUUAUGGCUUAUCUGAUGGUGACAUCUGGGGCAGCUGGAGCAGAGUUAUGGUACUUGGUAUACAAAGGUGAUGUACAAGUUUCAUGGAGUGAAGCUUGCACUUCAUAUGCCAAAUUUUGUAACAAUCUCAAAAUUUCUGUGUUUCUUCAAUUCUUAGUUCUCUUUUGCUUUCUUGUUUUAGCAGUCAUCUCUGCCUUCAGGGCUUUCACUAUUUUUGAUCCUCCUCUUGAUGUUUCUCAACCUCAAAUACAACAAGUACAAAGGACCUAGUUUUAUGUUUUUUUUGAUAAGAUUUGACGUCCACCCGUGCAAAGUCGGAUCACAUAAAGUCUAAGUGGGGUCAAAAGUCGGGAUUGUGUAAACUUCUGAGUCUGACUCGUGUCAUCCCUUGUUGUACUCCGUGUGCCUUGUUCUCUAACGAAAAGUGCUCUCACUGUAUUUUUAGUUUUGUUUGAUGUUCAUUUAGAUAACCAGUAUAUUAUGAGAUUUACGACUCAUUGGUCAAGAAAUUUUUUGACGCACUCUUUAUUGUGGAUAUGGGUUAUCGUUUUUUAUUUCUGUUAGAGCCUUAUUAUAAUUUUUAUAAGUGAAAUAAUAAUGACAUGUAUUAUGAAUUAUGACUUAAUAUAAUUAUGAGUUGAUCUUUUCAAGACUCAAA